AUGCUGACGAGGGACGUAACGCUAGUCCAGUUCGCCAUUGGGUCGGCCAUCCUCUCCAACACGCCCACCCACCACAGCCACAUGGCUCACUCGUUGGACACCCUGGCGGCGGCCAACUACGUCCCGGGAAACAGCUACAGCUACUACAACCCGUUGGCAGCCGCCGCGGCCCCCAGCACCGGCGGCGGCGGCGCGCUGCCGCUGGCGCCGCUCAAGGCCGUGGCGAUGGACAGCGGGACUUGGCCCAUGGACGGCGGCGGGGUGGCGACGUGCCGGGAGCAGGUGUGCCAGGGCACCGACGACAUCAGCUGGCACGCGGAGGCGGAGGUCGCGCAUGAUCUCAAGCAGGUCAUCAUCAAGAUGAGGGCCCAGCCCAAUGUGACGCAGGUGGCGCUUACUAUCCAGUGGGACACGCAGCACGACAGCCCCAACCAGAGCACCUUCUGCUCAGUGCCCUACACACAGCUCACGCGCCGUGCGUACAUCACCACCCCCGACGCCGUGCGGGAGCGGUUCCUGCCGCUGUGGCGCUGGCUGCUGAUCGCGCUGCGCAAGGCCAACACCACCAGUGAGGGCGCAGACUCUGUCGCAACAGGGGAGUGCUUUGCGGGGCUCUGGCGCUACUUCCAGACCCACGACUGGGACUUCACAUGGGCAGACCCUCAGGUGGAGACGGUGUUUGCCUACGAGCUGCGGGUCGCGGCCGCAUCCACCCCCAACACCUGCGCGGCGCGGCCAGAGGUGGGCGGCCCCGAGCCGACGCCUGGGGAGCUGGGGGCGCUGCUGGACCUGUUUCAGCACUACCUCAAGACGAUGUGCCUCACGGUGCCCUCCGACGCCGCGGUCAUCCAGGCCUCGCACCACGGCCUGCAGGCGCUGGCGGGGCUGGUGGCGCAGCUGAAGCGCGGGCAGAGCCUGCAGGUCUGGGAGCACGGCGUCCUCAUGAGGGAGCGGCUGAUCUACCUGAUGGAGGCUGCAGGCUGCCGCUAG